AUGGAAAAUCUUAUCAAAGCCAUAACUCUUCUCCGUAGCAGCCAUGAAAGUUCUAUAAUGUUGAAUUCUGCAAUUCAUCAAACAGAUUCAAAACUGAAAGCGAUUCAACAAAGAUUGCCGUCAAUUGAAGCCGGAAUCACAACCGUCGCUCGAUCAUUCUCUCUUCUUCCGAUCAAGCAGCAGCUCGAAUUCGCCAUCGGACCUGCAUCUUCCGUGGUAAGAGUCUAUGAAAUGGUGUGCGAUCUAGAACGAACACUCGACGAUCGUAAUCCACAUCAAAACCUAUUUGAUUUCGUCUCUCUUAUCAAACAGUUAGAAGAUGCUCUGAGAUUUCUGACUAGUAAUUCGAAACUAGUUCUUCAUGGACUUGAAGAUAUCCUUCAUUUCCUGGAGAAUAGAAAAACAGACGAUGAUGAUGACGAUGAUGAUGGAAGUUAUCGGUAUAUUGGAGAUGUAAAGAAAAGUUUGAGAAUACUUAUUCAUUUGCAGGAAAUUGAAAAACUGUCUCGUCUCGAUGGAGGUGUUCUAUUCAGAUCGCUAAACAGAUUGGAAGAAGAGUUCGAAAUUCUGUUACGGAUGAACGAAUUUCCGAUUCAGGAAUUUGUGAUCGAGAAGCUGCAUUUCAUGAUCGAGAGGAUGUCUGCAAACGAUCUCUUAGAAGAUUGUAAAUCUAUUUACGUCAAGGUUCGAAGUUCAAAGAUGAAAUCAGCAAUGGACGCUCUGAAUCUGGAUUAUCUAGAAACUUUGUUAUCUGAAUUCGACAGUGUUCAUACAGUGGAAGACAAAGUUGAUCGAUGGAACAAGGAUUUGGAAUUCGCAAUCAAUCAUAUAUUCGAGGUCGAGUACAGAGUCUGCAUUAAUGUAUUCCAGAAAGAAGGCGAUGAUGAAUUUUUUAUGGACUGCAUUGCGGUUAUCUUUCUCAGUUCAGGAAGAAUACAAUCAUUUCUCAAAUUCGCCUACGGAUUAACGAAGGGAAAGAAGGACGCGAUCAAGUUACUGAAAUUACUCGAAGUUUUCGCUACUCUGUACAAUUUAAGAUCAAACUUCAACCUAUUGUUCGUAGGGAAACGUUGCAUUGAAAUUCGAAACCAAACUAGGGAUUUAGUCAAGAACGUGGUGGAUGCUGCUUGUAAAAUCUUCUGGGAGCUUUCAAUACAAGUGGAGUUACAGAGGAAAUCUCCUCCUCCUCCUGAUGGCAGCAUUCCGAAGUUGUUAACAUUUGUAACAGAUUACUGUAACGAACUACUGGAAGACAGUUAUCGAGUGACCAUGAUUCAAAUUCUCGAGAUAAAUUAUGGAUGGAACCGGCAAACUAAUUUCGACGGGAGGAUCUUCUACGACGAGAUUCGUAAGGUGGUAAGUGUUCUAGAGGAGAAUAUGGAAGUAUGGGCGGGGUGUUACGAAGAAAGGAGCAUGUCAGAUCUUUUCGCGAUGAAAGUGCACGAUCAUCUUCUUGAGAAUUGUCGUGGCACGAAGCUAGGCGAUCUAAUGGGUGAGGCGUGGCUUAGAAGGCACGAAGAAGCUGCGUCGCGCCAUUCGGCUCGUUUUCUGAGCGAGAGCUGGGGAAAAUUGGCGUCCAAUUUGAUCGAGCCGAGUGGAGACGAGAAGAAACAGUUGAGCUUGAGGGCAAAGAUAGUAGUAUUGCAGGAGGCAGUUGGUUGA